AGCUAGAAAAGCAAUUUAACAAAAAAGCAAUAAAGACGCUAGACUUUCUGAUGGCGAUGGCUCACCACUCGUUUCUCAAGUUAAUUAUGGGGCAGACCCUGUCGGAGCCCGUUACCACGAAGGACACGGCCUCUUGCUCCAAUGCUAGCUUCCGUGUGGGCUCCAGCUGCAUGCAGGGGUGGCGCCUCGAUAUGGAGGACGCGCACACCCACAUCCUCUCCCUGCCGGACGAGCCGCAGGCAUCCUUUUUCGCUGUCUACGAUGGGCAUGGUGGUGCAACGGUGUCCAAGUUUGCGGGAAAGAACUUACACAAGUUUGUGACUCAACGACCGGAGUAUCGCGAGGAUACUCGCUUGGCUCUCAAGAAGGCCUUCCUAGACUUCGAUCGCGAGAUCCUUAUGAAUGGGUCUUGGAAUGACCAGAUGGCCGGCUCCACGGCCGUGGUUGUUUUGAUUCGAGAGCGGCGACUUUACUGCGCCAACGCCGGCGAUUCCCGGGCCAUAGCCUGCAUCUCCGGCGCCGUUCAGGCACUCUCCGUGGAUCACAAGCCCACCGAUGAGGCCGAGUCCAGGCGAAUUCUAGCCGGCGGGGGUUGGGUGGAGUUCAACCGGGUCAACGGCAAUCUGGCCCUUUCCCGUGCACUCGGCGAUUUCAUGUACAAGAAAAACGCUCAAAAGCGACCUGAGGAUCAAGUCGUGACCGCCGAUCCGGACGUGGAAGUCCGCGACAUCACCGAGGACUGGGAGUUCGUCGUGCUGGCCUGCGACGGCAUCUGGGAUGUGAUGACCAACGCCGAGGUCUGCCAGUUUGUGCGCAGUCGCAUUGCCGCUGGCAUCGUGCCGCCCGAGCGGAUCUGCGAGGAGUUGAUGGACGCUUGCCUGGCCCCCGACGGACAGCUUAGCGGUCUGGGUGGCGACAAUAUGACCGUGAUUUUGGUCUGCUUCCUACACAACAAAAGCUACGAGGAGUUGGUCGUCCGUUGCGGCGGCAACCGCAAACCGACGCUGGAAAGUGCCGGGGACAUCAAGGAUCAUCCAUCCAGCGUGAAGCUGUCUCUUCAUGAUCUUGAAUAAUGUUUACUUUCGAGUUCACUUAAUUUAUAUGACAUUUUUCGGCCCCGGACAUUUGCAGAAAAUUGGGUUAGGACUGUCU